AUGGUAAUAAGAAAGAAUUUCACCUUGAUAGCACACCCCCAAGUCAACGGACAAGCUGAAGUAAUCAACAAGGCCAUUCUACAUGGCCUCAAAGCUCAGCUUUCCCAAGUUAAGGGUUUGUUGGUGGAUGAGAUACCUAGCGUGCUAUGGGCUUACAAAACCACUACCAAGACGGCGACAGGUGAGACACCUUUCAACUUAACAUAUGAGACCGAAGCAGUAAUACCAACUGAAAUGGAGGUACCAACGUUGCGAUCUGAAGCAUUCAUUGAAGAGUCAAAUGAAGAAGAUUUACGAGUGAAUCUCAACCUAGUAGAAGAAGUUAGAGACCUGGCCUACAUACGAACCACAACAUACCAGCAACGUGUAACUCAGUACUACAAUGCCCGAGUUAAGAGACGCCAAUUUAGGGUUGGUGACCUGGUACUCAGGAAAAUCAUGGUGCCUGAUCCUGGUGUAGGAAAGCUCGACCUAAAUUGA